ACAAAACUGGCGAAUAACAGUUGAAAAUUGGUCUCCUUUUCCAGUCCCCGAAGUAUCAUUACGUCAAAUAUCAGCUCCGACAUAACUAUUCUUCUCCGAUUUCAACCCCGAUUCUGCUGUAUUAUCAGUCACCUUUUUCAGGAUUGAUUGUCUGAUCAGAUCAAAUUGGCCAUUGGGACUAAAGCAGAAUUACACACUUACCCCUCUUACUUUCUCUCUGUCGCACACGCACACUCUGCGGGGGAUCUAUGGGUGCUCCGAAGAAGCCUCUGAUGCUAAUUUUGAUAAUAUUUUUCGAUAUCUUUGUAUGCGAAAAUGUUGCUGAAGGCGUCACCAGGGAGGAAGCCGAGCAGCUGCGAGAUGAGGUGCGUGAGAUGUUUUAUCAUGCAUUUGAUGGAUACAUGGAGCAUGCAUUUCCACAUGAUGAAUUGAAGCCCUUAUCAUGCGGAGGUGAAGAUACUCUUGGAGGCUAUGCAUUAACAUUGAUUGAUUCAUUGGACACACUGGCUUUGCUUGGCGAUCAAGAGCGGUUUUCUACAUCUGUUGAAUGGAUUGGUAAAAGUCUUCGAUUUGAUAUUAAUAAGACUGUAUCUGUAUUUGAAACUACCAUAAGGAUACUUGGAGGCCUACUCUCUGCUCAUCUCAUUGCCAGCGAUUAUAAGACGGGAAUGAAUGUGCCCUCAUAUGAUGAUGAAUUACUUAACUUGGCAGAGGAUUUAGCCCGUAGAAUGCUACCCGCAUUCGAUACUCCAACAGGAAUUCCUUUUGGGUCAGUAAAUCUUAUGCAUGGAGUAGAUGAAAAUGAAAGCAAGGCAAACCCUCUUUGGAUUCUCUUCACCAUCUUAACGUACUAUAUAUUUCCUAUUUCAAUAACAUCAACAGCUGGUGGUGGGACCCUGACAUUGGAAUUUGGUGUACUUAGCCGCUUGAUAAAUGAUCCUAUUUUUGAACAGGUCACCAAGAAUGCAGUUCGAGGUCUGUGGGCUCGUCGUUCAAGAAUUAACCUUCUUGGUGCCCAUAUUGAUGUUUUUUCUGGUGAAUGGACUCAGAAGGACGCUGGAAUAGGAACUAGUAUAGACUCUUUCUAUGAGUAUCUGCUGAAGGCUUAUAUAUUAUUUGGUGAUGAAGAGUAUCUUUUCAUUUUCCACGAAGCAUACAGAGCUGCUAUGCUCUAUCUGUUUAAUGAUCCUUGGUAUGUGGAGGUAAACAUGAAUUCUGCUGCCCUUGUUUGGCCAUUAUUUAAUAGCCUGCAGGCUUUCUGGCCCGGACUUCAGCAAGGUCAGAAAAGCUACCCAUUACGUCCAGAACUAAUAGAAAGCACGUAUUGGUUGUACAAAGCUACACGAAACCCCAGUUUACAGUUGGCUCGAUGCACAUGUGGAUAUUGUCAUAUAUCAGAUGUUGAGUUUCACCAGCAUGAAGAUCACAUGGAAAGCUUCUUCUUAGCUGAGACUGUUAAAUACCUUUGGUUGCUAUUUGAUUUGGCUGCUGGUCCAGAUAACCUUGUUGAGACUGGCCCAUACAAAUAUAUCUUCAGCACUGAAGGCCACUUACUGCCCGCAACUCCACCUAUAUACUUAGCAAGUGGAAAUUUUUCAUACCUUGGAGCAUACUGUAAAAGUCGCUACCCAGGACAAGAAAUCUGCACUUCAGAUAAUAUAAACGUCUAUGGUUUCAAAAAUAACACAGAAUCUUUUACAGAUGCCAAUAAUUAUUUCGUUCAUCCCAGUUUCCAAAACUCGGCUGCUUCGAGACUAUUUAAGGGGUUCUUAACUCAGGGACAAAUCAAUGGCCUAUCAUAUGUCAUCUUGGAUCAUAAUCCUGUACUCGAGUUGCCAAGUGGCCCUACAAAGGAUGAUGACGUGGCGAACAAUUCACCUGAUUUACUAGUUUCAAACCAGAGCUCAGAAAAUUCUCCACUAACUGAUGUUGAUCAUGAUCCACAAGAUAAUCACAGAGCACCCCUUCUUCUGGAAAUUACAACUCCAGAAAUUUAUAUUCUUGAUAACGAGUUGCCAAGCAGCCGUACAGAGGAUGAUGGUGUUGUGGUAAAUUCACCUGAUUUAGUAGUUUCAAAUAACAGCCCUGAAAAUUAUCUUCCACAGACUGAUGUCGAGCAUUAUUCACAAGAUAAUUAUGGAGCACCUCUUCUGGAGAUUAGAACUCCGGAAGUUUUUGUUAAUGAUAACGAGUUGCAAAGUGGUUCUACAGAAGAUGAUGAUGUGGUGGACAAUUCAACUGAUUUAGUAGUUUUGAAUCAGAGCUUAGAAGAUUCUCUACUGACUGAUGUUGAUAGUCAUCCACAAGAUAAUCAUAGAGCACCCAUUCUGGAAAUUAGGACUCUCGUUAAUGAUACAAACGAGAAGGCUGAGGUAACCGAGAGCUAAUUUCAUCAAGAUUUUUUAUUUUUAUUUUUUUUGGCGGCAGAAGGCAAUUCAUUUAAUGGGUUGCAGUCUAAAGAUUCUAACUUUAAACACGAGAUCGAUUUUGAGUUCCUGGAGACAUCUAAUGAUUAAUUUUCUUUUCUUUUUUUUGGUGGCCGUUUGAGGGUAAUGGAGUUUUUCGGUAGAUGGAAAAUAGUGCCGUCGAGGGUGGUAUUGAUACUGAUAUAGCUUCAUUCACAUGUUAAAUGAUGUAUGAAAAUUGGUUUUCUGAGGUGCAUUCAUUUGACUCUUUUAUAUGGAUAUAAAUAGUAAAAAUGAGAAGGGGUUGAGGCAGCUAUGUCGUGUUACAUUGGUGUUGGAAAACAUAGAGUACAACUAUUUGGAUUUCAGAUAAAAAGUCAUUUGAUUGACUUGGAUAUUAUAUUCCACUUUGUUUUAUGAGGUUUUAAUAUUUCUCGUUCCUUGC